GAGAGUUUCCGGAUCUGCUGAUGGCGCUGCCAAUUCAGCUUCAGUUACGUACUGAGCAAAAUCCUAGAUCAUUGUGAAAUCCCAUAGCAUUCUCUCUUUCCUCGGGGAGAGGAGUUACGCUCAGUGCGUGGGUCUGGGGUUCGGAAAUCCAGGAGUGGCUCUGCAGAAAGCUGAAAGGAUCCCAAAUCACCUCGCCAACUCCUUCCUUGGUCUAACUAUUUUCACCAUUUCGCUCUUGUGAACAUGGGAGUAGAUUGAACUGCUUGUUGGUCGAAAAUGGAACGAAUCAGGAUUCGUUGUGUUAGGAACAUGCUUGAAAACAAAGGGUAGAAUGAAGUUUGAAUUCUAGCAUAUACUACAAAAGCAGCAACAUCAGAGAAAAUGCAGAGAUUUUCAUUGAGAAGUAUGUUUUUCUUAUACCCUCGUAAUCAUCUCCUGCUUCCUUUGAGAAUACCAUCAAUGAUUGGACAAGGAGAUAUUGUAGCUCUGCUCUCUUCUACUGGCUUUGGUGUGAGUUCUUUUCGAAAUUCUUCACAAUCACAUGCUAACCACAAGUCAUUGGGAUCUGAGAGCAGUGAUAGCAAUUUAACAUCCUAUGUUGGAACAAGUCAGUUUGGCCUUGUUCAUCUUGAUGCUAGUUCAGAAGGUAAUACAAGUGACCAAAACCAUGAUGAGUUUGCUUCUGAUGUUGAAAAAAUUUAUAGAAUAUUGAGAAAGUUCCACUCCAGGGUUCCCAAAUUGGAGCUUGCAUUGCAGGAAUCAGGAGUUGUUGUGCGGUCUGGCUUAACUGAGCGUGUAUUGAACCGCUGUGGUGAUGCUGGGAAUUUGGCAUAUAGAUUCUUUGUGUGGGCUUCAAAACAAUCAGGCUAUCAGCACAGUCACGAGGUGUACAAGGCUAUGAUUAAGGUUUUGGGGAAAAUGCGGCAAUUUGGUGCUGUUUGGGCUCUUGUUGAAGAAAUGAGAAAGGAGAACCCACAAUUAAUUUCUCCUGAGGUGUUUGUUAUUUUGAUGAGGCGGUUUGCUUCUGCGAGGAUGGUUCAGAAGGCUAUUGAAGUAUUAGAUGAAAUGCCCAAAUAUGGGUGCGAGCCAGAUGAAUAUGUUUUUGGGUGCUUGCUAGAUGCAUUGUGCAAAAAUGGUAACGUUAAGGAAGCAGCUUCACUUUUUGAGGACAUGAGAUUUCGAUUUACACCAACAGCAAAGCAUUUUACUUCAUUGUUAUAUGGUUGGUGUAGAGAAGGGAAGCUUAUGGAAGCAAAACAUGUGUUGGUGCAGAUGAAGGAUGCAGGGAUUAAAUUGGAUGUAGUGGUUUAUAACAAUUUGCUUAGUGGGUAUGCUCAAGCUGGAAAAAUGGGAGAUGCUUAUGAUCUUUUGAAAGAAAUGAAAAGUAAAGGCUGUGAACCAAAUGCAACGUCAUACACAAUUUUGAUUCAAGCACUCUGUAAACAGGAAAAUCUGGAACAGGCAAUGCGGGUUUUUAUUGAAAUGCAGAGAAGUGGCUGUGAGGUCGAUGUUGUGACCUAUACCACAUUGAUAAGUGGGUUUUGCAAGUGGGGAAAAAUUGGGAAGGGUUAUGAGCUUUUGGAUCAGAUGAUACAGCAAGGCCAUGCUCCAAAUCAGCUGACUUAUCUGCACAUUAUGUCUGCUCAUGAAAAGAAGGAAGAGCUGGAAGAGUGUAUGGAACUUGUAAAGGAGAUGCAGAAGAUUGGUUGUACACCUGACCUUAAAAUCUACAAUACGGUCAUUAGGCUGGCGUGCAAGUUAGGAGACGUUAAAGAGGGUGCUCAGCUUUGGAAUGAAAUGGAAGCAAGUGGGCUUAGUCCAGGGCUUGACACCUUUGUCAUUAUGAUUCAUGGUUUUCUUGAGCAAGGUUGCUUAGUUGAAGCCUGUGAGCAUUUCAAAGAGAUGGCUGGGAGAGGCCUUUUUGCUGCUCCUCACUAUGGUACUUUAAAAGAGUUGAUGAAUUCUCUACUUAGAGCUGAGAAGCUUGAAAUGGCCAAAGAUGUUUGGAAUUGUAUCACGACUAAAGGGUGUGAACUUAAUGUGAGUGCUUGGACAAUUUGGGUUCAUGCACUUUUUUCAAAAGGACAUGUAAAGGAGGCUUGUUCUUAUUGUUUGGACAUGAUGGAUUCAGGGUUAAUGCCACAGCCAGAUACUUUUGCAAGGCUUAUGCGUGGCUUGAGGAAACUGUAUAACAGGCAACUUGCUGCAGAGAUCACAGAGAAGGUGAGGAAGAUGGCUGCUGAUAGGCAGGUCACUUUUAAGAUGUAUAAGCGACGAGGAGAGAGGGAGUUGAAAGAAAAGGAAAAGGAGAAAAAGGAUGGGAGGAAGAGGAGGGCUAGAAGAUGCCGGCAGAGGACGUCGAAAAUCUAGGUCCCGUUUGGUAUCCUGGAAUUUGGGGUAUGGAAUUGGAAUUGGAUAUGGAAUUGGAAAAAAUGUGUGUUUGGUAUGCAUGAAUUUAGUUUCCAUAUGGAAUUGAAUUCCAUAAAAAAUGAUUGAAUUGGGUUCCAUGAGGAGACCCAUGGAAAUGAGAUAAGCUCCAUGGAAUUAUACUAUUUCAGACAAUUAUGCCCCCAUUAAUGAAAUUUUUAGACGUAUUUGUCCCUCCCA